CGGUGCCCACGCAAAUGUCUCAUUCACGCAUUGCGACCGCUUAUGGAACGCGGCCGUCGCACGAUUUGCAUACAAAUUCAAUUUCGUUGAAGCAACGCUCGAAAUCCGCAAAUCCACCGCAAUUACGGCCAUUUAGCGGCACACAGGGUUCGCGACCCCGUUAUGUGCCGCCAUUUUCCAUACAAUCACAGCAGAAAAAUACCGUUGUCAUUAACGGCCCCAUACAUGAGGCGGCAGUCGUUACGGCAAGUGCGCGGGGCAGAGCCCCAAAUCCCAAAUGUUUGAAGAAACAUCAGAAAUCCAUUUCGUCGUGUAAUUUGGCUUCCCGCUUUAAUGGCUGCAGCGCGGCUGUCAAGAAUCCGGGACGUGGAAAUACGUUGUUUCGCAUGUAUUUCGAUCGUGGCGAUUUGCCCAUCAAAAUGGAAUAUCUAUGUGGCGGCGAUAAAAUUGGCUGGACGGUGGACAUUGACAAGCUGGACUACAGCCUCUAUUUGCCGCUGUUCUUCGAUGGAUUGGCGGAGCCGAAGCAUCCCUAUAAGACAUAUGCGAGACAGGGUGUCAGCGAUUUGCUUUUGGCCGGCGGCGAUAAAAUCCAUCCCGUCGUACCGCAAUUAAUAUUACCGUUAAAGAACGCAUUGAGCACUAGAAAUGUGGAGGUGAUGUGCACGACAUUGAAAAUUAUACAACAGCUGGUCAUGGCCUCGGAUAUGGUGGGACCCGCUCUUGUGCCAUUCUACAGACAACUGUUGCCCAUGUUCAAUGCGUUCAAGGUGAAAAACUUAAACUGCGGCGAUGAGAUUGACUAUGCACAAAAGAACAACUUGAAUCUGGGCGAUCUGAUUGAUGAGACGCUGCAGGUGCUGGAGCUCCAUGGCGGCGAAGAUGCCUUUAUCAAUAUUAAAUAUAUGGUACCAACCUAUGAGUCAUGCUAUUUAAACUGAAAAAUAAUCUCUACAACAGUUACAACAGCUACAAUCAGAGACUAUAUAAGUAGUC